UUGGCAAUGUGGUGACUAACUUGCCUCUUCCUGUAGGUAUAACAGAGGGUAAAAAUCUCUUUGGGUUUUGAGGGAUCACUCUAAUUUUAAGGGGUACACGAGAUAUCUGAUGAUUUUGGGGAAGUAGUAUGUCUAAGCAAUUGUAGCCGAUGCACCUGAAUCCACUCGAUGCUUUUAUUCGUGUGUUCAUUCAUCCACACAUGUCAUUUACAGCUGGGCAAGCAACGAUCUCAUUUACAUGACUUUUCAUUAUUUUCGAAGAAAACAAGCUUGCCCGCAAGCACUGUCCCUCAAGGAGUUGACAAAAUAUUUGAAACCCUCCGCUGGUACUUUCGUCACCCCGAGUCCGCGACAUGUCGAACUCACUACUCACAAUCGAUUCCUUCCUCCGGGCCUAUGCAAUGUCACUUGCAUUUGCGAUUACUAGGCGCAGCUCAAAAGUGUCUGAAGAUGGGCUUACUGUAUACGUCAGCACAUCACUUUAAAAUUUCAUUGCCUAGAGCAGAAGCGUGCCUUCGUUUAAAGAGUCUCGCCCAAUUUGCGUUCUACGCGAUUUCCACAUCACUCACGCCAAAACUACACUGAGAGCUCCCAGUACUGUUGCUGUGACACCAAAGACUAUCUAGAUUACAUCAUCUUAAGACAGCUGGUGGACGGAAGGAGCGUCUUUUGAAUACAUUGAAGUCAAUGAAUAGUUUCUCCCGUUACGCUCAUCGAGCCUGCACAACGUCAGAGGGUACUCUAGCUGAAAAAUCGCAUGGAUUUUCCAUUGAACCUACCAUUGAAUGACACAGCAGAAAUUUUUGUUUGUGAGAGCCUUGAAUGCUUCAACUUGUUGCAUAUGUGAUGUUUCCGGAAUUGUUCUAUUCAAUUGAGAGUACUAAAUCUGCUAUAUAUGUCUUUCAAGAACCCUCACAUUGUCUGCCGGGGACGAGGCCCGUUUGAUGUGGCAGACGAACUCUUGGAAUUUCAUUAUUUCAUACAAGACGAUCAAACCAAUGGCGAAGCUCCAAUACUAUCUUUCAACGAUUUCUAUUAAGGCUUGUGAUACCGUCGGAUGUUUGCUUUUG